UUACCCAGUUUACCAGUUCGCUUCCCAUGGGCGGUACAGGAAGUUACACUCCUCGGACAUACCUACGUACGCACUCGAUGACGUAAUGCGAGGGCCUUUAAAAUAACGUUGCCCCGUCCCAUCUCCCACUCUUCCUCCUAGCUUUUUUUCCUCUGACAAUUUCCGCCAAUAAUGUAGCUAUGAGCUGUCACAUGACCCACGUCAUCGCCAUUGAGCGAAACGAAAUGGUGCAGGGAUUAGUCGAGCGUUCUCGCGGUUCAUGUCGUAACUAGGUAAGGAUUCGUGCAUCUAACGAAGUCCCCCACUCUACCAAAGGCGAGAAAAGGCGUCCAUAGCGUGAAUGACUUCCCGCAGCGGGACAUGGUCUGCGGGACGCCGUCUCCCAAGCACGUCGGCGGGCGUCCUCUGAGUUUGAACGCCGCCAUUGGAUCCUGGCGUCGACCGGGGCCCGACUGUCAUGCGUUGAAGUAGUGUCGGCCCUCGACGCAACUUCGGUCAUGGAGGUGGAGAGUCAUCCCGAGAAAGACUGCAGCGCUCUGGGAGGCCUCUUCCAGUACAUCAUCAAUGACCUCAAAGGAGGCACCCCCAUCUGGGAGGACUUCCUGGCCAAGGCAACCAAGCUCCACUCGCAGCUCAGGAUGACUGCGUCGGUGUCAGCAGCGUUCCUGGACUCCUUCCAGAAGGUUGCUGACAUGGCCACCAACACCAAAGGUGCAACCAAGGAAGUGGGCAAAGCACUGACCAGGCUUUGUCUACGACAGCGCAGCGUGGAAGCCAAGCUCAAGUCCUUCACCUCAUCCAUCAUGGACCAUUUGGUGCUGCCUCUUCAAGACAAGAUGGAAGAUUGGAAGAAGAUGAGUCUCCAACUGGACAAGGACCACUCGAAAGAGUUCAAGCGAGCCCGCCAGGAGAUCAAGAAGAUGUCCACGGACACCUUGCGACUCCAGAAGAAAGUCAAGAAGGGAGCCCGGUACGAGACGCAGCGGUCGCUGGACUGCGCGCUGCAGGACGUCAGCGACAAGUACCUGCUGCUGGAGGAGACCGAGAAGCAGGCGGUGCGCCGGGCCCUGGUGGAAGAACGUGGCCGCUUCUGCCUGCUGGUGGCCUGCCUGCGCCCCGUGGUGCAGGAAGAGCUGCUCAUGCUGCACGAGAUCGCGCACCUCCAGGAGAUCCUGGACUCCCUGUCCCGGCUCACGGCCGACCCCCAGCGGCUGCCCUCGGCCAGCGAGCAGGUCAUCGCCGACCUCAAGGGCUCGGACUGGGCGUUCCAGACGCCUCCCAGUUCUCCCAGCUCCCUGGGGUCGCGCAAGUCGAGCAUGUGCAGUAUCAGCAGCUUCAACAGCUCGUCGAGCGGCAGCACCAAGUCACACUCGCCCUCACACCGUUCCUUGUCGCAGCAGCCGGCCGUGGGCCCUCCGCUGCGGCUGUCAAGCGUGUCCUCCCAGGACUCCGGCUUCACUUCCCAAGACACCCUGUUCCUGAGGCCGCCUUCGCCCCGCUCGGCUGCCGACGUCUCCGCACAGGUGUGUGACCCCGGUGGGACGGCCUGCGCGUCGAGCACCCCGGCUUCCCCGUUCCCCCCUUCGGUGACCUCGACCUGGCCCAACCUGCAGGACACCCUACAGUUUGAGCGGGCCAUGAGUUCGGUCCUCAAGUGCCAGCGGCCGCACACCAUCUCCUCCGCGUACGAGCGGGCGGGCCACCAGGCGAGACCUCUGCUCACAGCAGAGACGUUCCAGCCGCUCGAGGGGGACCUGCAGAGCGGGUCGAACCACAGCGGCAGCGCCGACACGCUCACCUCAACCUCGGAAGGCGACGAGGCUCCGCCCACCCGAGGGCCCCGCCCCCCGGUCCCGCUCCGGACCACUUCUGCCGUGCCUUCCCUGCCCGAGAGGCCUGCAGCCCUCAAGCCCGUGCAGCCUCCCAGGGUGCCCACGCUGCCCGAGUUUCACGAACCCCUGGCGUGCCAAGUCCUGCCCAUCUACGCCAAUGUGGGAGAUGUCAUGGCCCCCCCAGGCUGGCCAAACUCUGGCCCAGUCAGCCAGGACAGUCGGACGAGAAACAUGGAGGCCUGCAAUGCAGCGCGAGCGGAGGAUGCAGACAUACUCCGGAUGCACGAGUCCUACAAGACGUACUCUCCAAGCAGCGCAUCUACUCGAUACGAAGGCUUGUCCGGCUCGUCAACGCUGCCGGCCAAAUCCAGCGUCCGACGGAGCUCGCAGCUGCCACCACCUCCUCCGCCGAUCCGCCGCACUCCGUCCAUCUCAAGCAACCAGGGACCGUCAGUGGCCUCGCCACAGCAUCCGCGGAUCGCCCCGGAUCGGGUGGACCACAACGGCGGCGACCGGGCAGCGGACGACGCAUCGAGCAGGGCCAAACUGAUCCAGGCACUGAAUGCCCGCUUCUCGAAGCCGCUGGAGCAGGCGGGGCUACGCUUCUCGCUGCCGGCCUGCCGCCCGGAAGAGGGCCCGGACCUGCUCCUUCCGGACCCGCCGGUGGCGGACGUAGCGGAGGGGGAGCCCCCGGACUUCCCGGACCCUCCGCCCCUGCCCGAGCAGCCCUCCGGUCAGCCAGGCCGCCAGGCGGAGAAGAAGCUGCUGCGUGCCCACACGAUUGGCUACAGCGAACGAGACGCCCUGAUCCAGAGUCUGAAUGCCAAGUUGUCGAUGAGGGCAGCCGGGCAUCCCCAGGCUGGUGUGGCCGGGCGAUCGCUGCAGGAGGGUGCCCAGCGUGGGCCUCGGGGGGCCACGGACCUGGAGCAGACGCUGCUCAAGAAGGAGCAGCGGGCGGGGCCUGAGCCUGCCGAGGCACGCCGCAGCCGCUCGGUGGGCCCCUGUGCCGAGAAGAGGGGCACCGCCUCCGUGGAGCGGCGCCAGUUCCUCAACACGUUGAAUGCGCGGCUGGCAGAGCAACGCAGCGGCGGGGGGGCAUCGGGCCAGUCUCCACGUCGUGGAUCUCUGCAGACGGAGCUUGGAAACCGGCGCAAGUCGACGGAUGCUGACCGUGCAUCGAGGGUGCAGAGCUGGCUGGCAGGCCGUGGUUCGGUGGACCUGACUGCGUGCCGCGAGUCGCUGCUGGACCAGAUCCGACGGGGCACGGCCCUCAAGAGGGUGGCGUCGCAGAGUGACCGCUCGAUGCCACGCCUGCUGUGACGCUACCUCGUGGUUUUCAUCUGGCACAUCUGAGGGGGCAAAUGUUGACCAGUUGGGCCUUGGAAGGGAAAUUGGGUUUGUUUUCUAGCUUUUGUAAAAAGGAUCUUUGAGCUUGAUUGGUCACCUGAAAACGCUCUUAGCAAUUAAAGGUAGCUACUGGCAUUAGAGAUAGGAUGCAGCUGACGGGAGACUUUUUAGCAUUCGUGCACACAAAAGUCAACAUUGGUGCCCGUGUUUGGCACGAGCAGUUGCCGAGGGUGGGUUGGGAGCUCAUUGGAAGAGGGGUUUCUUGCGCCGUCUCCUGGUCCUAGUAUUACGCCUCUCGGUGUCUUCGUAGGUCUAGCCCCGGUGUAGGUCGAGUCAGUGUAACCAAAUAGCUCCUUCAAUGCCUGCUCUACUCUGCAACCACUUCCUGAGGUUGCGAGAGAGACGUCGCUUUGCUCGAGGUUGCUAGUUAGUACAAUGUGCGGAUAUUUGGCAUAAUCUGCUUCCAGAGGUGAGGAUGUUUGUAAAAGCCUGUACAGAGACAUCGCUGGCAGGCAGAUCUAGUAUUGAUUUGUUUGCUAAAAGCUAGCUUGAGCCCCCCCCCCCCCCCCGUGUUUGUUUGCCCCAGUGUCCCUUGGGCCUAGCUCACCGUUACCAGCUGGUGUGGCCUCGCUGUUGUACAGUGCCAUGUCGCCUGCCAGCCACUCGAACUUCAUCUCUCACUCUGCUGCCGCUAAAAACCACUGGCUUUGUGGCCUCCUCUUGUCUGGACGCCCGUGGGGUGAGCACUUGCCAGGUUCUGUUUGCAUGUUCAGCGUACCAGACAUAUCCUGCAUUGUGGCAUCCCUUGACGCCUUCAUAUCGACCGCACGCCAACCUCCAGGCAAGGCUGCGGAACUCCUGAAGGUGGCGCUGAGGGCAAUUCUUUUGUGGGACAACACACUCGACCACUCUCUUUUUCUUGCUAGUCAUUGGUUGAUCGAAGACAUCUCCUCUCCUUGUGGGAGUGCUAUCCAAAGAUUGCCCUUUUGUGUGUUUGCAGGAAUGCGGGAUCAUUCCAUUUAAAAGAGGGAUUUGGUUUUCUUCUCGGUUGUUGUGUCAACUUUGUGUGUCGGGGGGAAAAAACGGGAGCGCUUGAUUGGCUUGCCGGCUUCCAGGCGAAAAUCAGUCCACUUCCAGCUGGAUUAUGGAACUGGAAAUGAGGCGGUCCAGCUGGAUUCCAACUGGAUCCAGCUGGAUCCAGUUGGAAUCCAGCUUGGAGCGGAAUGCCAUACUCUGUAAUGUGCGAGAGGAGUGGGUCUUUUUUUUAUUCGUGUGGGAGUGAUGUGUGGUGUAUGCUUCUGGCCAAAUGUCUUGUGUUCGAAUGAGUACGGCUACACUUGGUGCCAGUUCUCGCCCAAGCCCUAGACUCAACAUUGCUUCCGAUUCGAAUGACUGUCUUUGUGCAUGCAUGUCUCGGAAGGGUUACCUUUUUUUAUGCCCAGCUUGUCUGGACAGCUCCUUGCCAGUACCGACUAUUGCCCCUCAUGGUUCGUCAUUGCAAUGGUGGCUAGACAGAAGCCAACAUCUUUGUGGCAUAACUUGAAGAAAUGGUUGCUUGGUACCUACAGGCAAAUUGUCAGUGUGUCAUUCUGUUCUCAUCAUCAUCAUCAGAUAGUCGCCAAAACAUGUAAGAGAGGGCUCUUUUUGUGUUAACUUAUUGCCACAUUUUCGGUGGGGUGUCGAGGUUAGGCUACCUUGACUGUGUAUGUCUUGUAGGAUUGCAUAUGUUUUGUGUUGUAUGUUUAUGGAGAGAAGGUGGCCCUUUUAUUUUUGACUUGCUCUGAAAGUUGAGGGCGUGAGCAAGUCCGAUAUUUAUCAGUUCUUGAACCUAUUUGACUCUUGGCGAGACAUUCCCAGUUCAAUGCUAUGGUGUUCUCAGUUUAAGUGUGCCUCUUUCUGCAGUUUGAAAGCUCCUUUCGCUAAGCAAGUCUCUCUCUGUCUGGAGAGAGAUAUGAAUCUGCUGCCUGCUGUAGUUGUGGUUGUUUGGUACAGUGACUUGUAGAUGGCAGAAAGCCUCCUGUUGGAGGUGGUAAAAAUAAAAAGACCUCUUUUUACUGGUU